AUGGUUCUCAAGCUAAUAUCAGCCACACCUUCACCUUACGCUCGUAAGGUACGCAUUGCGCUACAUGAGAAAGGGAUUCCCUUUGAACUAGUGACCGAAGUACCCUGGGACAACACUACAGAGACUCCUCAACACAACCCUCUGGAGAAGCUGCCAGUCUUGUUUGACACCGAAGAUCUCGACAAUGCUGUCUAUGAGUCACAUUUCAUCCUGGACUGGAUCGAAUAUAAGUAUCCGUCACCUGAGUAUUUAGGUCUCAUGCCCGAAACUAAAGAGAACGAACUCUUUGCCAAGAAAGUCCAGGUCAUCGCCGAUGGCAUCUGCGAUGCAUGUGUAUUGAUGUUCUUCGAAAAGCAGCGCUCAUCGCCCAGUCAGGAAUGGACUUCGCGCCAACGACGAAAGGUUGAUGGUGGCCUCAACCAGCUUGCUGCUUGGGCUGCCGACCGUGAAUUCCUUGUUGAGGACAAAUUCACUCUCGCUGACAUUGCAGCGGGCUCUGUUCUUGGAUAUCUUCGUGUCCGUUUUCAAGAUCAUCCGUGGCAGCAGGACUAUCCCAAUCUCAAGCAAUAUAGUGAUAGGCUUGAGGCGAGGGAGUCUUUCAAGACGACUGUCCCGACGCCACAGACCAUCAAGGACAGAAUAGUAUGA